GGUGCCCAGAAGUUCAAGGUGGUGUGCUUCGUGGAGGGCUGGAGCGUAUACCGCAAGGAGCCCAUGAGGUUCUCGCCCGCCCGCGACCUGGACCCCAACUCCUGCACGCACCUCAUCUAUGCCUUCGCCACCCUCGACCCCCACUACUACGUCAUCAUCCCGCAAGACGACGAGUACGACAUCACCAAAGGCGGCUACAGGCUGCUGCUGGGCAUGAAGCAGGCCAACCCGGACCUGAAGGUGAUGAUCUCUAUCGGCGGCUGGGUCGAGGGCACCCGCAAGUUCUCCCAGAUGGCCGGCAGCGCCUACAACCGCCGCGAGUUCAUCCGCUCCGUCAUCCAGUUCCUGGACCGGCACGGCUUCGACGGCCUCGACCUGGACUGGGAGUACCCUGGCGCGGCAGACCUGGGCGGCCGGCCCACCGACAAGGAGCACUUCGCGCUGCUGGUGGAGGAGUUGUCCGAGGUGUUUGCGGCGCGCGGCUGGCUGCUGACCGCCUCCGUGUCGCCAUCCAGGUUCCGCCUGGAGGACGGCUACGACGUGCCGCGCCUCCUCAAGCACCUGGACUUCGUCAACCUCAUGGCGUUCGACCUGCACGCCGAGCGGGACAGCUCCGCCGACCACCACGCCCCGCUCGUGCCGCGUCGCCACGACACCGGCCUCAACGUCUUCUACAACGUGGACUACGCGGUGAGGUACUGGAUGAAGAAAGGCGCGCCCAGGGAGAAGAUCGUGGUGGGCACGCCCUUCUACGGCCGCACCUUCACCCUGCUGAACGCGUCGCUGUCGCGCCCCAACGCGCCGGUGAAGGGGUUCGGCCGCGAGGGUCGCUACACCCAGGAGCAGGGCUUCCUCGCCUACUUCGAGAUCCUGGAGCUGCUGGAGGACCCUCGGUGGAAGGAGUUCGCCGACGACGCGGACAGCCCCUACAUCGUCAACGGCGACCAGUGGGUCGGCUACGACAACCCGCGCAGCAUCGCCACGAAGAUGUCGUACAUCAGGAAGAACCAGCUGGGCGGAGCCAUGAUCUGGGCGACCGACCUGGAUGACUUCCACGGGGUGUACGGCGACAAGUGGCCCUUGCUGUCUGUCGUCAGGAAGUCCCUGCUCGGGGGGCUGAAGGCCCCGCCGGAGACCAGCGCCCCCGCGCCGGUCCUGCUGCAGCCGCCGGUGGCAGGCACACCGGUGGCCGUGGAGCAGGACCACCCCAACUGCACCGGCCAGGGCUUCGCCCGGGACCCGCGGGACUGCGCCGUCUACUACCUCUGCGAGUGGUCCAUGAAGCACACCUACGUGUGCCCGGAGGGGCUGCACUACCACGCCGAGCUGCGCAUGUGCGACUGGCCCGAGCUGGCCGGCUGCCCCCUCCUCUCCUCCGCCGCCCAGCCGGCCGGCAGCACGACGCCCGCCGCGCCCGUCCCGCGGCCGUUCACCUGCCCGUCGCCGGGCGGCAUGUUCGAGGACCCCGGCGACUGCCGCUCGUACUUCGUGUGCGACCAGGGCCGGGCCUACAAGUACGUGUGCGCCGCGGAGCAGUGGUUCAACCCGCAGACGGGGCUCUGCCACUUCGGCCCGUCGGAGCGCUGCAGGCCCAAGGGCGUCCUGCAGCGCCAGUACUUCGAGGACGAGCUGAUCGGAGAGGAGGACUACAAGGUGGUGUGCUACUUCACCAACUGGGCGUGGUACCGCAAGGGGGCGGGCAAGUUCGUGCCGGAGCACGUGGACCCGCGCCUCUGCACGCACGUGGUGUACGCGUACGCGGCCCUCGACCCCAACGACCUGGUGGUGAAGCCCUUCGACCCGUGGGCUGACAUCGACAACAACUUCUACCAGCGGGUGACGGGGUCGGGGCGGCCGGGCGGCGGAGGGGCCAAGGUGCUGCUCGCCCUCGGCGGCUGGACCGACUCGUCGGGCGACAAGUACAGCCGCCUGGUCGGCGACGGCACCUCCCGCCGCAAGUUCGUCACCACCACGGUGGCCUUCCUGCGCCGGCACAGCUUCGCGGGGCUGCACCUCGACUGGACCUACCCCGGCUGCUGGCAGAGCAACUGCGCCAAGGGCUCCGCGAGCGACCGCCCCAACUUCACCAAGCUGCUGCAGGAGCUGAGGAGGGAGUUCCAGCGCAACAACCCCCCGCUGGUCCUGGCCGCCUCCAUCUCCGGCUACAAGGAGAUCAUCGACGAGGCGUACGACAUGCCCAACGUGGGCCGGGAGGUGGACUUCAUGUCCGUGAUGGCGUACGACUACCACGGCAGCUGGGAGAAGAAGACGGGCCACAGCAGUCCUCUCUACUACCGCCAGGGGGACGACCUCCCCCACUUCAACACGAACUUCACGAUGGAGUACCUGGUUAGCAAGGGCGCGCCGCGCAAGAAGCUGCUGGUGGGCGUGCCCUUCUACGGCCAGACGUUCACGCUGGCGUCGGCUCGGGCCCACGACCAGGGGGCGCCGGCCCUGGGCGCGGGCAGCCCCGGGGAGUACACCAAGCAGCCCGGCAUGCUCGCCUACUACGAGAUAUGCGACAGACUAAAAUCAAAACGGUGGAUGGCGGAGAGGGAUCGCUACGGAGCGACUGGACCUUAUGCCCAUUUUGGAGAUCAGUGGGUUGGCUACGAAGAUGUGGAAUCCAUUAAAGAAAAGGCCAGGUUCAUCAAGAACAUGGGCUACGGAGGGGCGACGGCGUGGACCAUAGACCUGGAUGACUUCAGCAAUCAGUGCUGCCAGGAGCCGUACCCGCUCCUGCGCACUCUCAACCGCAUGCUGGGGCGCCUGCAGGAGAGCGCCCCCGUCACGGGGGACUGCACCCGGCCCCCAGACCCUGUCACCCCGUCCCCGCCCGUCAUGACCACCGGCUCCGACUCCGGUGUGCAGCCCACGACGCCAGCACACGAGCACGAACAUGAACACGAGCACCCCACCACGCCUCGACCGACGACGCAGCGACCCACCACAACCUCCACCCGGCCGCCACCGACAACCACCGAGCCUUGGUGGAGGCCCACCACGUCGACCGAGCCUCCGAAAACCACGACCUCCACCCGGCCGCCGCCGACGACCACAGAGCCUUGGUGGAGGCCCACCACGUCGACCGAGCCACCGACCACCACGACCCGCCCCUGGUGGCAGCCGUCCCCCACCACGGAGGCCACCACCAGCACCACGGAGGCCACGACGACGUCCCCCCGGCCGCCGCCCGGACCCGCCCCCACGCCCCCGGCGGGCCCCUGUCCCCCGGGCACCUACCACCCCGACCCAGACAACUGCAGCGCCUACUACCGCUGCAUCCUGGGCGAGCUGCGCAGGGAGUUCUGCGCGGGCGGCCUGCACUGGAACGCCCAGAGCAACGUGUGUGACUGGCCCGACGCAGCCAACUGUGGCAGCCAGCCGGCCACGUCGCCGACGGAAGGGACGACCGCGCCCACGAGCGGCCCGUGGUGGAGCACCACCAGCCAGGCCACAACGGGCGGCUGGUGGACUUCCAGCAGGCCCACCACCGCCGCCACGCCGCCGCCCAACGACUGGUGGACCGAGCGCCCCACCGAGGAGACCACGUCCCGCCGCCCGGACGACUGGUGGACCCCCGCCCCGUCGACGGAGGCCCCCGCUGAGGAGCAGCCCGACUGCACGAGCGGGCAGUACUACCCCGACGGCCAGUCGUGCAACGGCUUCUUCGUCUGCGUGAACCACCGGCUGGUGCGGCAGACCUGCGCCCCGGGGCUCGUCUGGAACCAGGACCAGUACAUGUGCGACUGGAGCUUCAACGUCAAGUGCGACGCGCAAGUGCGCGCCCAGCCCGUGUUCCUGUCCAAGGCCGAUACGUCGUGCCAGUCCGGCAGUUACGAGUACUACCAAGGCGACUGCAACCGGUACCUCAUGUGCUUGUUCGGGAGGUACAAGGAGUUCUCCUGUGCCUCUGGUCUCCACUGGAACAACAGGGAGCACAUCUGCGACUGGCCGGACAGCGCCCGGUGCCCGGACAUGGGCGGCGAUGCCGGAGGCGAGUGGGGGAUGUCCUCCACGCCUCCACCAGCUCUCGCCCCCAGCACCAGGCCUACCACCACAACCACAACCACAACCACCUCCGUGGCGACGAGGCCGCCUCCCGGGGAGGAGCUCUCAGGGUACUUCAAGGUGGUGUGCUACUUCACCAACUGGGCGUGGUACCGACCGGGCGAGGGCAAGUACUACCCGGAGGACAUAGACGAGUCUCUGUGCACGCACAUCGUGUACGGCUUCGCGGUGCUGGACUACGAGAACCUCAUCGUGAAGGCGCACGACUCGUGGGCAGACUUCGACAACAAGUUCUACGAGCGCGUCGUGGCGUACAAGAAGAAGGGGGUGAAGGUGUCGCUGGCGCUGGGCGGCUGGAACGACUCGGCGGGCGACAAGUACAGCCGGCUGGUGAACAGCCCGUCGGCGCGGCGCCGCUUCGUGAAGCAGGUGCUCGAGUUCCUCGACAAGUACGGCUUCGACGGCCUGGACCUCGACUGGGAGUACCCCAAGUGCUGGCAGGUGGACUGCGACAAGGGACCGGAAUCCGACAAGCAGGCCUUCGCGGCGCUGGUGCGGGAGCUGCGGCAGGCCUUCCAGCCCCGGGGGCUGCUGCUGUCCUCCGCGGUGUCGCCCAGCAAGACGGUCAUCGACGCCGGCUACGACGUGAAGGCCCUGGGAGAGAACCUCGACUGGGUGGCCGUGAUGACCUACGACUUCCACGGCCAGUGGGACAAGAAGACCGGGCACGUGGCGCCUCUCUACUUCCACGAGGACGACGACUUCUACUUCUUCAACGCCAACUACUCCGUCAACUACUGGAUCUCGGAGGGGGUGCCCCGCCGCAAGAUCGUGAUGGGAAUGCCCAUGUACGGCCAGUCCUUCACGCUGGCCCAGGCGUCCACCAACGGCCUGAACGCCCGCGCGCCCGGCCCGGGUCAGGCCGGGGAGUUCACGCGGGCGCCUGGCUUCCUCGCCUACUACGAGAUCUGCGAGAAAGUCAAGAACCGAGGCUGGAAGGUGGUGAAGGACCCCCAGUCCAGGAUGGGGCCGUACGCUUUCAAAGGCAACCAGUGGGUCAGCUUCGACGACGUGGACAUGAUACGGAAGAAGUCGGAGUACAUCCGCGCAAUGGACCUGGGCGGGGGCAUGAUCUGGGCGCUGGACUUGGACGACUUCCGCAACAGGUGCGGGGACGGCCACCACCCGCUCCUCAACACCAUUCGCUCCGUGCUGGCCCGGCCGUACCAGGGCGACCAAGACACGGACAUGAGACCUCCGAUGCGGCCGACCAAGCCCCCCAUGCGACCGACCAAGCCCCCGAAGCCCCCGAUGAGGCCCACCAAGCCGUCCCCCCCGGACAGCACGCCAGACUCCUCGCUGGACCUCAGCACCACGCCCAGCGUCACCACCACCAAGCGACCGUUUGAGCCCGCGUCCACAGACGGCGACUUCAAGGUCAUCUGCUACUUCACCAACUGGGCCUGGUACAGGCAAGGAGGGGGCAAAUACCUGCCAGAAGACAUAGACCCUGACCUGUGCACGCACAUAAUCUAUGGAUUCGCGGUGAUGAACGGAGACCAGCUACUGAUCCGCCCCCACGACACGUGGGCAGACUACGACAACAAGUUCUACGAGAGGGUGACGGCCUUCAGGGCCAAAGGGCUGAAGGUGCUGCUGGCCAUCGGCGGCUGGAACGACUCGGCGGGCGACAAGUACAGCCGGCUGGUGAACAGCCCCGCGGCACGGGCCCGCUUCGUCACGCACGUGCUCGACUUCAUCGAGCAGCACGGCUUCGACGGCCUGGACCUCGACUGGGAGUACCCCAAGUGCUGGCAGGUGGACUGCAAGAAGGGACCGGACUCCGACAAGCAGGGCUUCGCGGCACUCGUGAAGGAGCUGAAGGAAGCGUUCCGGCCGAAGGGGCUGUUGCUGUCGUCGGCCGUGUCUCCGAGCAGAUCCGUCAUCAACGCCGGUUACGACGUACCAGUUCUGUCCCAGUACCUGGACUGGAUAUCAGUUAUGACGUACGACUUCCACGGCCAGUGGGACAAGCAGACGGGACACGUCGCUCCCAUGUACCCGCACCCAGACGACACAGAUGUCACCUUCAAUGCUAACUACUCGAUCCACUACUGGAUCCAGCAAGGGGCGGACCGCAAGAAGCUGGUCAUGGGCAUGCCGAUGUACGGACAGUCGUUCAGCCUGGCCGACACCUCGGACCAGGGCCUGAACGCCCCCACGUACGGCGGGGGGGAGGCCGGGGAGGCGACGCGCGCCAGGGGAUUCCUGGCCUACUACGAGAUCUGCACCAACAUCCAGAGGAAGGGCUGGCACGUGGUGAAGGACGGCAAGGGCCGCAUGGGCCCCUACGCGUACCUGCGCGACCAGUGGGUGUCGUUCGACGACACGGCGAUGAUCCGCCACAAGUCGGAGUACGUGCGGGCCAUGGGUCUGGGCGGCGGCAUGAUCUGGGCCCUGGACCUGGACGACUUCCAGAACAAGUGCGGGUGCGAGCAGUACCCGCUGCUGCGCACCAUCAACCGCGUGUUGCGGGGCUACCCGGGCCCCGGCCCCCGCUGCGACAUCCCCGCCGACGGCCCCAAGCAGGAGCCAGUGGACGAGAGCUCGGAGGCGGGGAGCGCCAGCAGCAUGACGGAGGAGCCGGGCUCGCCCGAGAUGCCCGACUCGGUGUCCACGGUGGCCAUGGAGGCCCCGGACUGCAGCCGGGGCGUGUUCAUGUCCCACCCGUCCGACUGCGGCAAGUACUUCCUGUGCCAGUACGGCCAGCCCCUGGAGCAGCGCUGUCCCGAGGGCCUGCUGUGGAACAUGGACCACUGCGACUGGCCGGAGAACACGGUGUGCGGCACGGGGGCGGAGGGAGGCCCCAGUCCCGGCUCGACCACGACGGAGCCCCCGCACAGCAGCACCAGCUGGGUCGAGGCGACCACCGCCACCGUCACCACCACCACCACCCGGCGACCCUCCACCCCGGGCACCGCCACCCAGGACACGGGCUACAAGGUCGUCUGCUACUUCACCAACUGGGCCUGGUACAGGCAGGGCAUUGGCAAGUACUUGCCCGACGACAUAGACGACACCUUGUGCACGCACAUCGCUUACGGGUUCGCAGUGCUGGACGGGACGUCGCUCACAAUCAAGCCACAUGACAGCUGGGCCGACAUUGACAACAGCUUCUACAAGAAGGUGGUGGACCUGAAGCGGAAAGGGCUGAAGGUGGUGAUAGCGAUCGGCGGCUGGAACGACUCGCUGGGCGACAAGUACAGCCGCCUGGUGAACAGCCCGGCCGCCAGGAGAAAGUUCGUCGACCACGUCGUCCAGUUCAUCGAGCAGCACGGCUUCGACGGCCUGGACCUCGACUGGGAGUACCCCAAGUGCUGGCAGGUGGACUGCAACAAGGGGCCAGAGUCGGACAAAGAGGGCUUCGCGGCGCUGGUGCGGGAGCUCAGCUCCGCCUUCAAGCCACGGGGGCUCCUGCUGUCCUCCGCCGUGUCCCCUAGCAAGGUCGUCAUCGACCAAGGUUACGACGUGCCAGUUCUGUCGCAGUAUUUUGAUUGGAUCUCGGUGAUGACGUACGACUUCCACGGCCACUGGGACAAGCAGACAGGGCAUGUAGCACCCCUCGACUACUAUCCCGGCGAUACCUAUGAUUACUUCAAUGCUAACUUCUCCAUCAACUACUGGAUCCAGCAAGGGGCGGACCGGAAGAAGCUGGUCAUGGGCAUGCCGAUGUACGGGCAGUCGUUCAGCCUGAAGGACGCCGGCGAGCACGGCCUGAACGCCAAGAGCUACGGCCCCGGGGAGGCCGGGGAGUUCACGCGGGCCGGAGGCUUCCUCGCCUACUACGAGAUCUGCCACAGCGUGAAGAACCAAGGGUGGACGACGGUGCGGGACCCCGAGGGCAGGAUAGGACCCUACGCCUACAAGGGCACGCAGUGGGUGUCCUACGACGACGUGUCCGACAUCAGGCGCAAGGCGCGGUUCGUGCGGAGCGCCGGCCUGGGCGGCGGCAUGAUCUGGGCCCUGGACCUGGACGACUUCCGGGACCGCUGCGGCUGCGGCAGGCACCCGCUGCUCAAGACCCUCAACCACGAGCUGCGGGGGCUCCACGCCCGCACCUCCGACUGCACCUAGCCCCCUCCCUUCCCCGGGGCGACGCUCACCGCACCACGGCACUCUCUCGGUUCUCCUCCGGCCAGCAGCGGACCCUGCUCACGACUCACGCUGUUUCUGAGCACUUUCUUUAGCCACCACUGCCAUCAGCAGAAUAAUCCAAGUUAAAAAAUUUUCAAAUAUAAUUGAAAGCCAAAGUAAAAAAAUAUGCUCAUCCUGCAGUGAAUUUCUUUAUUAUUUUAAACUAAACAAAGUAAAUACAAGUCACAAAUUUACUGAAGUGCCGUAGAGCUCUCAAUACCUAUCAAACAGUGUGUGUAAGUGGAAAAUAUAUAUAAAUUUUUUUUGAGCACCUGUUUAACAGUGAACUUCCAGAGGCUGGCACUUUACUGAAGAUAAUGACUUUGUUACUCAGCAAACCGUUACAAUUAUCACUGGGGACCCGGAGCAUAUCUGUCUGAUUUGUACAAGUGAAUACUUUAUAACAGGAAAAAAAAAUUGUGGCUAAAGAAACUUUUGGGGAUCAAUUGAGAACAGGAAUAAAUCACACAAUGUGCAACUUACAGCUGAAGGUAUUUGGUGAGCUCAACAGAAGAUUACUGAAAGUGCACAGUUCACAUUUAGUCUAAGUCAUGUGAAAGAUAUUUAUAUUCAUCUCUUUUGGCUUGUACCUUUUGGGAAAGGAAGUUCAAAUGUUUUAGUACCACUAUAAAUUUGCUGUAUUGUAUUCCUUAGUGUUGUGCCAUAUUCAUCUGAAUAUAUUCUGAGAAGAUUCUGGUAUCUCGUGAUGUCUUGAAAUAUGUGAUGGAUUUCUGAGAAAGUAAUCCCAAAUCAUCUCGAAAUAAUUAAUUAAAAAAACUGUAAAUAAAAGUGAUUUAAAACUGUACCUACUUUUUUUUAUUUGUCCCAAAAUACUGUACCCUCUUUACAAUUUUAUUGUUAUAAAGCAUUGUGAUUUGUUUUUACUUUUUAACCACCACAUUUUUUACAUCAGUGCACCUUAGUUGACAGUUCAAGUUACAGCAGAAACACAGGCAAGUAUAUCUGUCAUAAACUCUGUCCCCAGUUUACUACAGAGUAACACUACAAAUUUCCAAUAGGAAAAACAGAAAUGUUAGUCCUCAACUCGAUCAUCCGAUUCGCGGAUUAACCGCGAUUUAUGUCCAUCAAGUCAAUUUUUUUUAGUUACAUAUAACCAACGAUUCAAUAUGUAUGUAAAUGUUAAAAUACUUUGCAAAAUGUAUGUUGGGCAAAGUACUUUGACUCAGUCAUGUUUAUAUACACAGAAAGUUUAAAAAAUACUAGUACAUACAUACGUAUGUACAUACUAUUUUUGUGUUCCAUGUUAUGUGAAUAGAUUAUACAUUGGUGCGCGAUUCCAUGUCCGCAUGACCGGACUGUACACUCCCGCGCACAGCACGGCGCCGUGCCACAGAGAUUACCCGGCGCAUGGAGACAGUCCAUUAGUGUACGUUGUUGAAGCGUGAAGGUGGUGAUAAUUUUAUGUAUUGUAACAGUGAUCUGCAUUCCGACGGAUUAUACCGUAGUAUUGUGCGGAAGUGUUGAGCGUAACAUUUCAUCAUGUCAUAAAUGAACAGAAAAGAAAGCGAGUGGUACUUUCAAUCGACAGCAAAACAAAAAUUAUAGAAAGAUUUCAGAGUGGAGAAACAAUUGCAAAACUUGCGACUGAGUUUGAUGUCGGUAACACAACAGGGCACGACAUCAUAAAAAAUUGCGAAAAAAAAUCCUUCAUUUUGCUUCACAGGCUGACACUGAAGUGUGUGUGUUGCAACUAGUGCUUGGCACGCAAGAUAAAUUCAGUCUAUCACUUGCUGACGUGACGCAGUGAUACGACGGUGUUUAUUUCAAAACUCAGCUAAGAGUGAACGGAGAAUAGAUAUAACGACCCCUUACGGUUCCCGAGAUUAGAGUCGUUAUAGAGAGGUGGUCGUUAUAAGAUUUCCGACCCAUCUGAAACCCUAUGUCAUAAUAGGCCGUUUUUGCACUAAGUCCACGAUCAACAAGCUAAAAAUAAAAAAAAUUCUAACAUUUAAAAUUCAUAUAAAUAAAGGGGGAUAAAACACCGUGAAUUAUACGAGACAGAGACACCGUUUCAGAACUCUGAAAUCAAUUCUCAAUGCACUAGUAUGAAAAAUCUUAUCUCGAAAAGAAUUUUAAAGGCAGUCGUUCUGUAAAACAAUAACCAGCCCGAUGGUGUUACUGACAACAGAGCAAUGAGCGAAGUCUGCAGCGUCGCUUACGAGCGAUGAAAAGAAUGCGUGACCUUGGCAGCUAUCAGCUGACUUGGUCCCUCGGACUGGCCGGGCGGCUAGCCACACACCUCGGUGCAAAAACGACUCGCGUGCCCACGUCUCCGUACACGAAAGACUUAAAAACCACUGCUGGCCAGCACUAAGCAGCCCGCUUCUAUGUCAACAACGCACACGCACACAAAGCAUGUGUAUAUUUAUAUGUAAUCUCCGAAUGUCCACAGAUGGCUGGCUGUACACUAAUGACCUUUGAGGCAAGCAUGACUCGGCUAACCGCGAUUUUCGAUUAUCCGACUCACUCAUCCCCUUCAUUAACACGGAUAAUCGGGGUUCUACUGUAUAACUCUUGUACAUCUUUGUCAACUUAUGGCCCGGAAGCCUCAUAGACGAACUCUGACAAAUUCCUACAUUGCCGGUAAAAAAAAAAUCUAACUAAA